AUGGGGGUGCUGAAACUGAAAAGUGAAAAGAAGAAGAAAGAAAAAUUAAAGGAAACUAAGAUAGAUUACAAAAAGUGUAUUAAAAGAACCAAAAUUAAGGAUAGGCCAGGUAAAAAAGAUAAAGAAAAUGAAUUUGACAUUUCUAUAUUUAUGAAAACAGAUCAUGCUUCAAAUAAAAUACGACGAAUAAAUUAUGGGAAAUUAGUUAAAGGAAUUAAAAAGAAUAAAAAUAUAAUAGCUAAUCAUAUUGAAAAAAUUUUAGAAAUAUAUGGUAUGGGUAUUACGGGUGAAGAUGAAAAUAUAAGAAAUUAUUCAUCGAAAAUAUUUUAUUAUUUAAUAAAUAGUAGUAUUGAUUAUGAUAUUUUUUUUAGUAAAAUUAAAACUUGUUUAUUUCAUUCAUUGAAAAUAGAUAAAGUUUCUCUUAAAGUUUUAAAUCUUGAGUUAUGUUAUAAGUUCUUUUUUACAAAAAUUGAUUAUUGUCAAAAUUUUUUUUACGAAUUUUUAAAUAACAUUUUGGACUGUUUUAUUUCGCUUCCUAUCGAGCAUCAAGUAAAAAAUGUAAAAUAUAUUUUUUUGCUAUUUAAAUAUGAGGCUAAAUAUAAGAGAGCUCAUAAUAGUGGUAUAAAGAAAAAUGAAAACAAGAGAAAUGCAUUUAUUAAGGCUAUUAAUAACAAGUACGUAAAUAAAAAUGUAGAUACGAAGAGGAAAAAUUUUGUCCACAGUGACCAAGUGGACAAAGAACGUGUGAACUGUCUAAAAAUGAAACAUCAUCAUGACGAGCAGAUAGAGAAGGAGGGAGAUGAGAAGCAAAAUGAUUAUCGUGAGAACAAUUAUAAUGAGGACUUAGAAGAUGAUUAUGAGAAAAUUAUUCGAAGAAACAUGCUGAACAACAGUAAUGACCAUUUUUUAAUAAAGAAAGACAUACGAGUUAACAUAGCUGAGGACACAAAAGCGGAUAUAUACACUAAAUUGUUUAAAUGCUUGUACAAUUUCAUGGACGAAGUAACUUAUAACUCUGUAAAUGUAGAUUUAGUACAUUUAUAUACGAAAAUAUUGAAGACAAUAAUUUUUGUGUUAAAAAAAAAAAAUAUCAGUAUUAAAAUGGAAAUGAUUAUAUUCAUUAAUAAAUUUAUAAAAAGGGCAAUCGAAGUGAUUAAUGAUAAUAUACUCAAUUUAACUAAUUGGAAAGUGCUAAAUAUAAUUUACUAUUUCAUCCUUUUGGUUAUUACGUUAUGUUUAAAAGAAGUGAAGUAUAUUGAACUUGUAAAGAAAAAGGUAUACACGGAUUACAAAUCUUUGAUUCACUAUUGUUUCUGCGUGUACUUCUACAUUUUCACGAGCUAUGACUUUUUUAAAAUUGUAAUUGAGGAGCAGCAAAUGAAGCAGAACAGAGGGGAACAGAUACAGCAGCGGCAAAAUGGCAAAAGUGGAAAUGUGCGUAAUGAAGGUAUAGCAAAAACUGACAUGAUCAAACAUAUUGAAAGUUUUGCAUGCAAUAAAGUAGUUAGGUCUAAUGAUAGGGAUGAUUUUAAGCGCACUACUGAUUAUAAUGAGAACAAGAAAAAGGGUAAAAAUAGUUUAAAUAAGAAUUACGCAAAAUACUCAAGGAAAUACUUCAACUUAUUGACAUAUUUUUACGGAAUAUAUAUGAAAACAAAAAGUAAAAAUAAUUUUCUUCAUUUUAGUGUACAUGUUGAACAUAAAUUUUCGAAAAAUUUUGAAAAUAAAGAAAAAUUUAUGUAUACACAAAAGAUUAUUCAUUUAAUUGAGAAAAAGAUUAAGAAGUUCUCUUAUAAAGAUGAAGUGAACACUUAUUGCAGGUUUGUUUUAAGUUAUUUGAAAAAUUUUUCCGAAAAGAGUAUAUUUGAAAUGGAUUAUUUAUGUUAUUAUAUUAUUAUACUUGCACAAAAGAUAAAUGCCCAGAGCAGUGCAUCAGUAGGAUAUUUCAGAGAAGAAACAACAUAUUUGAAUGAAAAGACAACUGCAUCUAAAGAAAAUGCAAAGAUCUGUAUGAGAGGGGCGUACAUUCGUACGAAUGUAUUAUCAUCCUUUUCGUUUUUGACCAUGCCUUUUAUGUUUUUGUUUCUCGUAGACUGUAGCAUUUUCAUAAAUAAUAAUUUUUUCGAAAUGUUUUACAAGCCCCUGAGGGGGGAAGAAUUAAAAGGAGAAAAGGAAGAGGAAAUGGGAGAAAAGGAUGGAAAGGAAAAAAAGGAAAAGGAGAAAGUAGAGGAGGAGGACAAAAAGAAGGACGAGGUGGAGCAUAACGAAGAUGAGGAAGAAAAAAAAAAAAUGACAGACAUAAUCGCCUUUUUGCAAAAUGGCGAAUGUGUUAAUAUAAUUACAAAAAAGACGUUUGACGAUUUUAUUAAUAAUUUAAUUUUUUUUUUGUAUUGCAAUUAUGAUAAUGAAUUUUUUAAGAAUAACAUUUUAUUUUUUUUUUGCCUUUUAAAGAUGGAAAAGCAUAAAAUAAAAAAAGUGAGCACAUGUUUUGGGAAUUGCGAUAAUUAUAACAACGGACUAGACAAAUUGUUAGAGUUAGACAUUAGAAAUGAGAUGAACGAAAGUAUAUAUAAUAAAAAAGAACUACUAAUUGAUCAUUUUUUAAGUAAAAAUAAUACCAAUAUGCUAUCCUUUGAAAUAAUUAAAAAUUUGUAUUUUUUAUUCGAGAAUACUAGUCAGAAAUUUUUGUUUUUUAUUUAUUUUUUAAUUAUAAAAUAUACUGAUAUUAGAUCGAACUAUUAUUAUUUAGAAAAAAAGGAGGCCAUAGUUUUACUUUACAGAAUAUUUCGUCAAAAAAUAGUUCAAGCCCCUUUUGGAAAAGUAGAGGGCUACACAAGUGAAACACUAGACAGUGAUUAUACUUUUGAUGUGUUUCAUAAAAAAUGUAGAUUUAUUAUAAAUAAUGAAUAUUUAUAUAGGGAAGAUUUUUUAAUUUUUUUCCUAAAGUUAAAUUUAUGCCAAACAUAUUUGAUUUUCCGAAGGGAUGUUUAUUCGCUAGUUGAACUGAGGCCAUUAAAUGACGAUAGUAGUGAUACUGGCACAAUACUAAGUUCGAAUGAAGUGAAAUAUUCUAAUAUUAUUUUAAUUUUAAAGAAGAUAGCAUACAUUAUUUCUAAUAUGAACGCAUUCGUGUUGGAAAAUACAACAAAAGUGAAUAAUGCACGUGUUGUCAUUAAUUAUUUAUUGUCCAUGAUAAAGGAGAUAGAAAUAAAUGAAGUCGCUCUACCUUAUAGCACACACCCUUGUGAUAUUUUGUUUAUAACAAUUAAAAUCGUUUUUCUAUUUUAUUUCACAUCUUUCUAUUUGUUACCCUCCUUAUAUAUAAGAGGGCAGGAUGAAUCUUUGAAAAGGGGAGCUCUGGACAUGCGGCGAAAAAUUAAGGAGAGAAAAAAAAUUAAGAAGAGAAAAGUGGUUCAUCGGGGGGAACGAACAAAACUAGAUUCCCAAAUGAGAGAAGUGAACGAAUUAAGCGAGGUAGAUGCAGAGAUAAGCGAAGAAGAUGUAGAGGUAAGCGAAGAAGAUGUAGAGGUAAGCGAAGAAGAUGUAGAGGUAAGCGAAGAAGAUGUAGAGGUAAGCGAAGAAGAUGUAGAGGUAAGCGAAGAAGAUGUAGAGGUAAGCGAAGAAGAUGUUGAGGUAAUCGGAGAAGAUGCACAGGUAAGAGAGGAAGAUACAAAAAUGACCCAAAUAAUUGAGCAAAGGGUAAACGUUUUUUAUAGCACAAGUAUGGACAUAAAAGUUGAUGUUUCCAUUUAUUCUCAAUUUUUAAAAGAAUUCUUAAGUAAAUCUUACAGAAAAAGCACUGCCCCCAAAGCAAGCAACUUAGAAGGUAUACUUCCGUACCUUUCAGAGCCCAUAAGAUUUUUUAAUUUCCUAUUUGAUAAAGAAAUUUUUUAUACAUCCAUUAUUAAUGAGAAAUUUGAAAAUUAUAAAUGCACAUAUUGUAGUUACAAUUUGAAUACUCAUAAAUACGUCCAAGAGUUAUUAAACAAAUUUGAGUGUGAUAUGAAGCUUGUUAGUUUUAAAAAAUUAUUAGACUUACCAACGAGAAUAAUAAUAAAAUUGAUGAAUAUUUCCAUUUUUAAAAUGUCAUAUAACAGAAAUAUAUUAUACGUAAAGUUUACAAAUAAUAUGAAAAAUCUACCAAAUGAAUACUUUUAUAAAUUAAAUUUUUUUUUAUUUUUCCACCAUUUUAUAUAUUUACUAAUUGAAAAAAUUCGGCAUUUUUCCGAGAGUACCUUUUCGUUACGAAGCUAUUAUUCCAUUUCAGUAAGAAAAAAAAAAAAAAAAAAAAAAAUAGAUAACCAAGGAGUAUUGUGUAUUACACACAUAUAUUUACUUCAUUGUUGUUGUGGUGUACAUUGGCGCACUUUUUUAUUUGAUGUUAUUCUGUGUUCGUACUGCAUUAAGGAAGAAGUUAUGAAGGACAUGGGGUUAUCAUAUUUACUUAGGGAGGGUGUACAAAAAAAGGGCGUGGAGGAAGGACAAACUGAAGAAGAAAUGGACUUGGUAGUAAAAAUGGGCUUAAAAAGAUUAAAUGAACUUUUAAGAUGUACAGUUGAUGAUAUUUCAAAAAAGGAAAAUAAAUAUUUUUUCCCCAAUACAAAAUAUCUUAUAAAAUAUUACCUUUAA